UUUAACACAGGCUCAGGUGUAGCACACUUCCACUUUGGUAUUGUUUAACGUAGCAGGAGCCUAAACGUUCCAUUUUAAUACCGAACUCCAUUCACUAAUGGUUUAAUUUGAAGUGUAUGAGACUAGAAAGCAGCACAAGUAGGGGUUAGGCAAUUCCCCAUGACUGGCUGGUUGUGUGUGUGACACACAGCUGGAUAAUGAGAUUCAGCAGUGUUUUGCAACUGGUCACACUGGUUUCAAACUUCACUGUGUCGCUUACAUGCUCAGGAGAACUGCAGUAAACAUUUCCUGUCAGACAGUGUACACACAUGUGUGGCGUCCUCCCCGACCCUCAAGCCUCCUGCUGCGGUGCUAUAUGAAGGUCUCACGUUUGCAGAGGACAGAGUUUGACCAGAAACAUCCAGAGGGAGAAUGAAGAUCACUGUGGUUUCCCUGUUGUUGCUGGUCUGCUCUGUGUCCUCAGAGGAGACUACGACCAAAGAACAGCCACAGGACAUCGGAGCUGUGGUGAGAGAGCUGACGGCCUGGCUGGUUCAAAAGGAGGUGGAGAUAUCAUCCUUACAAAGAGAGAACCAAGAACAAGCAGCAAAGCUGGCGAAUCAAGAGGCUGAGAUUGAAAAGCUGAAGCAACAGCUACCAUUUGGAAGUGGCUUCCAACAGGUGGCUUUCUCGGCCUCUCUUUCGGCUCAGGGAGCGUUAACUCUUGGACCCUUUGGCACACCCACUAUUCUGAUCUUCAAACAUGUCGUCACUAACAUUGGAAAUGCGUACAACCCAAACACAGGUGUUUUCACUGUGCCGGUGAGAGGAGUCUACCACUUCGAGUGGCACAUCGGUGUAAUUGCAGAACCUUCGCAUGGCUCAGAUGCUGUGUUGAUCAAGAACACGGUCCCCACUUUUAACACAUAUGAGUAUCAGAUGUCCGGUUACGGGAGCUCUUCUCAGGGUGUUAAUCUGCUGCUUGAGCCGGGAGAUAUCCUGUUUCUGCGUAUCUGGCCUGGCUCUAAGAUUUAUGACAAUGAUGUUCACCAAACCACCUUUAGUGGACAUCUGCUUUUCACCAUGAAUGAAGGAAACAACUCCUCUCUUUCUGCAAAUGUGUGACAGUCACUGGCUCUUGUUGUAUCAAACAAUCCUUGGAUUUAACAGCACGUUGCAGUCGAUUUUCUUUACAUAAAAGUUGGACCACAAAGCAGAAGAACAACAACAGUUUGUAAAAGAAAAUA